AUGGCGUUAAACACCUCGCCAUCACUCCUACUCCUGCUGCUCGUUGCAGUCAUCCUCCUCACCCGCCCCGCUCACGCCUUUGGUGCAGGCAACAUUGGCUCAGUAGCGAAGAUCGAGGGCGUCAACUGGCGUCAUGGAGACAUUGAAGACACCUUGCUCACUCUGCUGACGGCACGAGCAUGGAGACAUGGCAAGUUCUCGAAGAUGGACGUCAAGCGUGUCUACUUCGGCAACUGGUUGAGAGACUACAGCCAGGCAGUCGACGUUGGCACGGUCAAGUACGUCUCUGCCGAAGCCAUUCGCCUGCUAUUAUGGGUCCUUGGGUUUAUGAGCUUCGGCUAUGGCACAGAGCACAUCGACAACCCGAAAGAUUACGCAGACAACAUCGAUGCGAGGCAGUACGACAGGCGUCUACGUGGCCCCAUCGACGAGAGGCGCGAGCUCAGCAUCGACGAGAGGACCGGUCUGAAACAUUACAUUGCUACGGAAGACAUUGGCAUCACCACCUCUGCUGGAAUGGUAAGAGACCUCUUCACGCGAUGCAUCAAGCUCGGUCGCCGCUACGGACAGAAUGAGAAUGAGAAGGACUUCUUCGAGGCUCUUCGACUGUUGGGCACGGCAUCUCACUGUCUUGAAGACUACGCGGCCCACAGCAACUACUGCGAACUGGCAUUGAUCGAAAUGGGAGAGCGCAAUGUCUUCCCACACGUCGGCCGUCGUACGCAGAUGCAGCUCCGGGGUGCUCGUCAACCAGUCUUCCCAAUCGUCACUGGCACAUUCGGAGGCGUUGACUUCCUUCACUCGGUCAUGGGCGAGCUCAGCGACAAGGCCACACAAUCUGAAAUCCAAGAGCUCGAAGGCACUGUCAAGCAGUCAAGGCGCCAGGACACUAGUAUGCUGAAGGAGCUUUUGAACAAGCUACCAUCUGGCAUCCUCGGCGAUGAAGACCACGCCGGGAAAGCGGACCAGCUGCAGGCCAAUGCCGCCUCUGCGCAGAUGGAGAAUAUGCACAUCUCGCCGAAGCAACCUGAAGCGUUCACUCGCCAGGUUGACAUGCUUGCGAGGCAGAUCUAUCCGAUUCUGGAGUUCCACGACAACCUGGUCAAGCACAUCUCAGAGGCCAUGGAGAAGAUCCCAAUCCUGCCGGACUUGCUGGAGCAGCUUCAGGAACAGGUCAACGUCUUCGUCUUCUCGUUGAUUGCGCCCUAUGUUCUGCCCAUCGUCAACCAAGUCAAGACUGAGCUGCAGACCGGCUCAAGCGAGGUGAUCCAGUCGAGUCAAGAGAAGCAAUUGAUUGUGUUUCACGACGACUCCUGCACCGAUCCAACUCACAGCAUGCUAUCAAAGGACCACUUCAGCAACGUACUCAACGAGCCAUGCGGCAAGAUCGCUUCAGCUACAGUGGCAUGGGUGAUCCCCCAGAUUGUUGCAUGCUGGGAUGACGAGAGCAUCGACAUCGACCGGACCUGUGACCGUAUCAUCAAUGGCGUCUUCCAUCAUCCGGCCCUGCGCGAUUACGGAGAAGAUGGAGCGAGAGAUGGACGCUCCGCGAUGUUUGGUGUUGUGGAGAAAUGGUGGGGUGAGCUCGACGAUCGCGAGCGUAACCAGCUUCGUGGUCAGCUCAGCCGCGAGGGUGUUCAAUCCGGUCGCAACCACAAAGAGGGCGUUCACGACACUGGCCAUGGAUGCGGCAAGCCCAUUGGCAUGCCUUCUUUCGCCACCAGCUCAAGCUCUGGCGCAAUCGGAGGUCUUCCAGUUGGAGCUCUCAUGGGCGGUCUGAGCUCGGUGAUGGGAGGAUCCAGCGGCAGUGGCGGCAGUCAUGGGAGCAGCUCAAUCAGCAACAUGGCGAGUAAUGCUGUCGGAGGCGGUGCCUUGGGUGGAAUCGUAGGCGGCCUCGCAGGCAACAUGCUCGGCGGAGGCUUCGAUGGCGCCGACAAGCAGCAAUACAGCCAGUCUCACCAGAACCGCGAUGGGUCGAGGACCGACAAGGUGUUCGAAGCUGGUCAUCAACACGGCGGCCCGCAUCAGCAGGAUCGCUAUGGCCAGGCAGAAAUGCGCCACACGCAACGUCAAGAUGGUGGCUAUCAAGACCAGUACUCACGCUACGAACAGGACGGCCGACAUGGCCAGACGGGCUACGGCUUCCAGCAGACGACCGAUGUGCGUCCCACCCCAGGCGGUGGCUAUGCUCAGUGUACCGAGCGCCGCUAUGAGCGUCCAGGCGGCACCUGGGAUAGCGAGGUACAGGAGCAGCGAGUCUCGGCCUAUGGUCAGCAGGAGUCGCAUGAAGAAAGGAGGCACGGAAAGAAGAAGAAGGAUGACUCUGAUUCCGACGACAGCGACGACGACAGCGAUGACGACUUUGAGAAGAAGCAGAAGAAGAUGCGGAAGAAGGAGGAGAAGAGGAUGCGGAAGCAGCGCGAGGAUUCCGAUUCGGACGAAAGGCGCGGUGGUGGAAGAAGGCGCAGUCAUGGCAGCAGUGGGGGUGGAAGCCCAAGGCACGAGCGUAGGGGUAGUGGAGGAGGUGGGAGAGGAGGUAGGGGUAGUCGUCCCGGAAGCGGUGGUGGGCGGAACGACGGCGGAUUCGGCGGCUUUCUCGGGGACAUGCUUGGGGGAGGUGGAGGAGGUGGAGGUCAUGGUGGACGAGGCGGGCAUCGUGGCGGUGGAGGAGGGGGAGGUGGAAGAGGGCAUCGAGGUGAGUCGACAGACAUUGAGUAUAACGAGUUUGAGGCACCCGAUAACCGAGUGCAGGCCACUGAGCAACGGCCGGAAUACGAGGUUGGCGCUGAGCACGGAGGGUCGAGCUACGGUCAGGAAGACCCGCAUCGACAAACAGCGUUCCAACAGCCACCGGAUGAGCAGCCGUCCUUCGACACCCGGACGACUUAUGGAGAGCAGUCGUACGGCGAGCAACGUCCGUACGAGCAGGCUUCGUACAAUGCACCGGAGCAAUACGGCCAACAAUAUGCCUAUCGAGACUACGAACAGCAGUCAUGGAACGAUCAGCAGACUUACACCCAACAGCCAUCAUACGGCGAGCAGCAAUCUUACGGUGCUUACAGCGAGCAGCAGCAGUCUCAGUGUGGUGUUGACUCGAACGAGUAUCGCGGAGAAGGCGGAUACGAUCAAGGAGACGACAGGUACGGUGGAACAGGUUACGGGCAGAGCGGACAUGGCGAUGACGAUGGCUACAGUGGCGAGCGACGCUACUAG